GAUGGCAGUUCGCGCCAGAAUAAUCAAGUAAGAGUGUUUUGAAGAUAAAAAGAUACAGGCAUACAGAUACGUCCAUUGAAAUGUCUAUCUGAAAACAGGUUAGCUGUGAAAGUGACAAUAUGACAGACUUCAAUAGCUCUUUCUUGGCCCACCUUAAGAAAUCAGAGCAGGAAAGAAACAAAGAAUUCAUGAAAAUCCGUGCAUUUAAGAAUAAACCAUAUACUUAUGCUGUUGAAAAACUCUUAAGAAAGUAUAAACGAAAGAUCUGGAGAAACAAACCUCAUCGGAAGAAAGUGCACAAAACAGUUAAAGGUGACGUUCUGAAGAUCAAAAGUAGAAGCCGAUACUCAUGGCCAACUUUGAAUGAUAGAAAGAGUGGUUUAAGUAAGAGUCAUUCAUUUGAUUCAGCAGUCUUGCCAGAUCUGGGUGAGUGUAAAGACUUUCCUAUGUCAGAGAUUGGAACUCGUAAUAAUGGAAACAGCCCAUUUAAUAGUAGUACCAGUUGCAGUUCACCUCCAGAUUCACAGCUAUUCUCAAAGGUUGAAACAAGUGGAAAAAAUGACAAAAUUCAAUGUCAGAAAUGUAGACUUGGAAACUCUGAACAAAACAAUAACACAAAUGUUAGAUGUACAUGUGUUCUAAGAAGUGUACAAGUUAGCUGUGACAUUGAAAUGAAAACUGAAGGAGAAACAAGUGAAGACGGCACUGAUUCAGAAAAUGAAGAUGUUUCUGAGAAAAAUUCAUUGUCAAAAGUUCAUGAAGCUGUUAAAUCUAGGACUGUUGAAAACAAUGACAGUGAUAAAUGUAUGAAUUCAGAAGGUUAUACUAGUGAAAACUGUUCAGAAAAUGAUACUGCCGGUGAAACGUACAUUGAUGUGGAAAGUUUGGAUGAUAGUAGUGAGAUAAAAUCAACUGAAAUCACAAAUUCAGUUUCAAAUAAAGUAACAGAAGUAUUUGAAAAUGGAAUUGUGGAUGAAAAAGUGCAAUAUGUUGGGUCCAAUGUCAAACAUUCUCAGCCAUCAACACAAAUCGCCCAAGUCAAAUGGCAGCAACAAUUCAUGUCAUUCAUAUCAUCAGCAACAACACCUAGUGAAGGAGAUAAUGAGCAGGACUCAAAAUCACAAUCUCCACGAAGAAAACGAUCUCGGAAAGUAAGACAGAGUAUGUGUCCUUGCUGUAUGGGAUCUGGACAUCAUAGAAGAAAAUCAGAAGACUUAGUGAGAUAUCGUAAACCACAUUCCAUGAUGAGAGAUCAUAGGCGAUUUAUUCGUGAUAUGACUCAGCUCAUCUCGUUACGAAACAAAGUGAUGGAAGUGUGUAGGCUUUUGUUCCCACAAUGUGUUCAUGAAAUAUUUAAUUACGCCAGUCCAGAUAGUGAAGAUGUGGACAAGUGUAUUGAUCAAAUGAUUUCUAUUCUUCAUAAUGCACACCAGCAAUUUUUACACAAUUUGAACAGUAAAUCUGAGGUCAGCAGGAGUGGUAAAAGUAAGAAAAAGUUCAAAUCUGAAAGAAAAGGGAAUCUCAAAUAUGAUCAGAUCAAUUCAAAUGAAUAUGUUGUAUCAAUUUGUGAUCCUUCCAAACCAAUAUUGGACCCUGAAAAACAAGGUCCACAAGACUCAAUGAACAAUCCAUCCUCUGAUGAUGAAGCGCCACCUAUAUUACUUUGUUCUCAAUCAGACCAAUUGAAUAAAUCUGCUGAACCUGAAUUAUUGUCAAAGUUGUGCCUCCCAGGUAGUAAUGAAGGUAUUGUUUAUGCUAUUCCUGUAGAGAACGGGAUAGUUUAUCCUCAUCAGACUCAAGUCCUUUUGACUGGAGAUAUAUCAGAAAAUGAAGGUUAUGUCAAUGAGGAUUUAUUUCAGAACCGAAAUAAAAACAAAAAUAAAGAUGAUAUUGAAAAAGGCGAAAAUCAUGAGAGAAUUUUGUCUGAGGCUGAUUCUGGUAUUGUGAAUGACCAUGACGUUAGUUCUCCUGAAGAUGUGGGAAAAAGUAGCAUACUUUACCAGAAGAAAAAUAUAAUAUCGAAAGACAUAAUUUCGAAAUCAAAAACUAGUCCAAAUAGUGCUAAAACUGAACAAACUGCUAAUAUAUUUGAUUUAUUUUCUAAGUAUGAAUCAACUCCUUCUAAAGCGGAAGAAAAGUCAGAAAUGCAAUACAAUGUGUUGAAUUCUAGUCAUGAAGAUAAAAAAAGUGAGCACAAAACUAAUGCUAAAUCAAGCGACCGCAAUAUAUUUGAAAGCUUAUUUGGUAUGAAUAUAGAAUCAUCAGUUCCACCAACACAUUGUGAACAAAAAGAUGGCUCUUUUGAUGAGAUAUGUGACCAAGAAAUUCAAAGUUUUUAUUUCCCUUUAAAUAACUCUGACAAUUUUGGCAGCAACUCUCCGACUCAAGAAGACAAACCAAAAGAAACUUAUGUUGAAGUCUAUGAUCCUGCCAUCGUUUUGUGUAAGAAACCAAAGAUUUGUUUACGAGCAUUUAAAGAGAAAAUUUGUCUUCUAUUAAGAUGGCUCUUACCAGAAAUAACAUUUGAAAGGAAUUUUUUCAAGAAUACAGACAAUCUCGAGUAUGUCCUUGAUGCAGUAAUUCUUAGUAAUAAGAAAGAUUCAUUGACUUUAUGAUAUUUUUUACUGAAUAUAUAUUAACAAUGAUGUUAUAUGAUCAGCUAUUUUUAUAUACAUAUUUUGUAUGCUUCAAUUGUUUACAUUAUUGAAAAUUCAGGUAUUGAAAUAGUAGACUAUAUGAUCUGUUUCUGUAAUUGUUUAGGGCUGUUCGUCAAUUGAUUUUAUGGGGAGGGGGAUUAAAAGGCACUCCUAUUAAAAUUUGAUGGAUGGUUAUUUUUUUUAAGAAAGAUAGUCUGGAGAAUUAUAGGAAUUGAUCAAUUAAAUUGGGGGGGGGGGGGGGGGGGGGGGGACCAAAAGUGAUUCCCCUCUAAACAUUUAAUUCUGGAACAGCCCUUUAGUUUAUCUAACUCAAAAUUCUCAGUACUGUACAUUUGGUACCUAGCUUUUCAUUGUUAGGUUCAUUAAAGAAAAGUGUUGAAAUUUUCCCAAUAAUACUACAUACUGACCUACGUAAGCUAAAAAUGACUCAGGAUUAAAUUUAUUAUCUAUGAUUUUACUUAUGUCUAUGCCGAGAAAAAGACUAUUCAUAUCAGGUCAGUUAUUCACCAAUAUUUUUGUUUAUCAUAUAGUCAUGAUAGUGCAGAUCUAGACAUGUUGGAUCAAUCCAAACGUAUGUUCAGUGAUACUACAUUUAAAGCUUUUAAUCUCAAAUAAAGAUCAUGAAUAAAUUUAAUAGAGACCAUUUUUUGCAUAUAUUAUUGCAAUAUUACCUUUUACUGGCUUUAUUCUAAAAUUACAACUACUAAGUCUGCAUUUAGUAUUAACCAUAGAGUACAGAUCUAGAAUUCUUCAACAAAGUAAAAGCAAUAUAUUAAAUGUGCACUUACAUAUAAGUCUUUAUAUUUAAGAUAUUUAAUGAAAAAUAGAAGAAAAUUUCAGAAAUACAAAUGAAAAAGAAGCAUUUAAAAAUAUAUAUUUGUAAAAAAAAAUGAAAGUUGAAAAAGGAAUUUUUCAGAAUCUGCUUUUUAAUAUAAUUUUGGGCAUCUCACAUUUGCAUUUUAUUUUCCAAAUAAAUGAACACACUUAUUGCAGGAAUGAUUAAGUGUUUGAACUCCUGGUUGCAUGUUGUAAUUGUUAUCUUAAAGUUGAAAAUUUGAAUGCAGUUUUUACUUUAUUUUUGAAUAACUAUGUUACAUGUACAAAGGGUUAUUGAUUGUUGAUUUACAUGAAUUGUUAUGUAAUUAUUUUGUAAAUAGUGCUGUACAUAGUUCUGACGGUUUAUACCAUGGACUUUCUAAGUAAAACAUGUGAUAAUUCACUGUUGUUGUGGGUUGGUAAUUCUUGUUUUUGUUUUUUUGUUUUUUUUUUAUUUAGAUUUCCUUAAAACGACCAUACAAAUUUGAUUUCUAGUUAUUCAUAUACACUUAUCCAAAUUUUUCUUGUACAAUUUUAUAAUUUUUUAUUUUAAUUUUAGUUUUAAGUUAAUUAGUGUUAAAAAUACAGCUCUAAUUUCUCAUAAACUGAAGUUUUUACGUCUAAACAAUUGAAACAUUCUAAAAGUAGAAAUGGAAAGCUAUCAUUCCUUUAAAAAUUUAUGUUUAAAUUAUUUGAAAUAAGAGUUAAAGAAUUGACUUUGAUUCCUUUGUGGUUUGUUUUCACAAUCAUCCUUUAUCUAAAACUCUUAUGAAAUUGAUUAUCGACCAGUUGAUUUAGCAUCAGAUUUGUUAUAUUGCUGCAAUAGGAAAAAAGGAAAACAACAUUGACAAGAGUUACGAUUUGAAAAAAACUAUUUUAAACUGUUAUUAUGUUUUGUACAUUGUACUGUAUAGAAUUAGUCCUAAUGAAUUUACCAUACAUUUGUACAUUUGUACAUUUUAUUUUUGGUAGAUUUUCUCAGUAUUUUUUGUAUUAGACAAUAAGCUGAAUCCAGUGAUUGUUAUUUAAUGAGUAUUAUGUACAUUUACUUGAAAUUAUACUUUUAAUAAAAAAAAAACUCAGUUUAUAAGAAUGUGAUGAGCAUGCAAAUUAAUUUAUUGUUUCUUGUAGAAAAUAAGAGCCUUGAAUUGAUUGCAAGACAUUGUAUAUUCAUUAAGUAUUGCAAUAUUAUACAUACAAUGACAUAUGAAAAGGUUGUCAUUCAUAAUAAAAAAAAAAAAAUUAAAUUAAAUAAAGUUAAAACACUUUGAAAUAAUGAGAAA